UCGGCCAGUUCACCUUUCCGCCUGCUCGGCUUCACGCAGCAGCGGCUGCUGUUCCACCAUUCCCCCCACCCAGGUCCUCCCAUACUCCUCUCCCCCGCAGCAACCACCACCAUCUCCACGAAUCGCCUACUUACCUUCCCAUCCGAUCUCCCUCAAAUCGAUCUUGACUAGAUCGCUCACCGCCUCAUACUCGAUGGCCUUUUCAUCCACCGACAGGAGACACGGCCUCCUCCCCUCGUCGCUCUACUCGACAGCAGCCGCCGCUGCGCUCCGCAGAGCCUCGGCUCAGCCCGAGGUCAGCAGGUCGGUCGAACUGCCCGCCACGUCGGCUCUGGUUCCCGCGAGGAACGGGCUCGACUUGGCCAGGAGAGUGGGCUUCGCUGGGAUCAGCGGCAGCAGCACCAGCGCCAGCAGCGGUAGCAGCAGCGUCAGCAGGAGCAGCAGCGGUACCGGUAGCCGGUUCUUCGUGCCAGCGGCCGCAGAAGGCAAGGGGAUCGCGAUGCACUCGCCGCAGUUCUACGCGGCCUGCACGGCGGGCGGCAUCCUCAGCUGCGGGCUCACGCACAUGGCGGUGACGCCGCUCGAUCUCGUCAAGUGCAACAUGCAGAUCGAUCCCGUCAAGUACAAGAGCAUCUCGUCGGGCUUCGGCGUUCUGUACCGCGAGCAGGGCUUCCGCGGCUUCUUCCGGGGCUGGGCGCCCACUCUUAUUGGGUACAGCGGGCAGGGCGCGUGCAAGUUCGGCUUCUACGAGUAUUUCAAGAAGCUCUACAGCGAUUUGGCAGGCCCGGAGUUCAGCAACAAGUACCGCACGCUGAUCUAUCUGGCGGGAUCCGCGUCAGCCGAGGUGAUUGCUGACCUGGCGCUGUGCCCGUUUGAGGCGGUGAAGGUGCGCGUGCAGACGCAGCCGGGCUUCGCGCGGGGGCUUCUCGACGGGUGGCCCAAGUACAUCGCUGCUGAGGGAUACGCCGGGCUGUACAAGGGUAUCGGACCGCUAUGGGGCCGUCAAAUUCCCUACACGAUGAUGAAGUUCGCGUGCUUUGAGAAGACGGUGGAGACGCUGUACAAGUACGUGGUGCCGUACCCCAAGGACGAGUGCUCCAAGCGCACGCAGCUGGGCGUCAGCUUCGCCGCGGGGUACAUUGCUGGAGUCUUCUGCGCGGUCGUCUCGCACCCCGCUGACAACCUCGUGUCGUUCCUCAACAACGCCAAGGGCGCCACUGUUGCCCAGGCGGUGGAGAAGAUGGGCAUCGUGGCUCUGUGCACUCGCGGUCUGCCCCUGCGCAUUGUGAUGGUGGGCACGCUCACAGGGCUGCAAUGGGGCAUCUACGACGCCUUCAAGGUCUUCGUUGGCCUGCCAACCACGGGGCAUGUGGAGAAGAAGGUCGAGAAGACGGACUAAAUGUAGCAUGUUGUUUCUGGCUGCUGGUUUCUCAACUUGGAAAUGCGUUGGUUUGGGAGAUGGUGACACCCUGUGUUGUGAGCCGUGUUUGUUUCUACUGUGUCCAGCCCUCACCUAAUAUGUACUGCAAAGAUUAUCUUUCGUAUCUUCAACUACACCACCCUUCAGUAUGCGAUUACCAAGUCGUGU